AUGAUGGAAGUUGAUAAUGUUUCUGUUCCAUUUCAGAUGUCCAAAGCAGCCAAAGUAUUUUUUAACCGGAAUCCACGAAAUCUGGAGUUUCUUCAAUUAAAACGCAAGGACACUGGAUAUGGAUUGGAAAAGAACAAUGAGAAAAGAAGUUUCAUUUACAAGUGAGUAUUAUUGUUAUUAAUCCCCGGAUGUUUAGAUUAGAGAAACCAAUUAGCAAUUUGUAACAAUUUGUAUUGUUGGCUUAAUACAGUAUUUGGUGUUUCAAUCCGUUUUAACUGAAUUAAACCAGUUAAUCAUGUAUAAGUGCAUAUGAAUGGUGUUUUGGAGUGUCUAAACCACUAAAAUAUGCAAGUAAAUAUGUUAAAACGAAUUUUAUGACACCAUGUAUAAUAGGCAUGUUAUUCUUGUUAUUUAUAAAUAAUACAUCAUGACUGUUUUGACAGAGCCGUUCUCACUUCAUCAUCCCAGCAAACGUCAGGAGCACUGAUCCACAAUGAAAACGGUGUUGUGUUAAGUGUUUCCACCAAAGAUGCGGGCAUUUCGAACCAGUUGUACAGUAAUGUAGACACGGCGGCCGCUUACAACAUUGGCCGCGCUUUGGCCAAGAAACUAACGGAUUCGGGGAUUAAAAGUUGCAUAAUGGGCGUGGAACCUGAGGAACUGGAGCGAAGUUCAAGGGUGAGCAGUGCUGUGCCGUAAUUAGUUUUCUUGUUAUUUACAGAAAAAGGCGUUUUUCUCGGCUCUAGAAACCGCGGGUAUAUCGCUGCAAGAGCCUGAUACCAUCCCACACUCGGUGCUGAAUGACCCCGCAUUCACGUGGCAGCCUUUCAUUGUCCAACAUAAUCGUCAGGACAAGCUCGACGAGCUGUUCGACUCACAAUAG